AUGACUUCAGCCAACGUCGCCGAGCUUCAGGCGGAGGUCAACCGUCUUCGCCAUGAGCUCGAGACAGUAAAGGUUGGCCAGGAUACCGGCGACCAAAUCUACGUCGGAAGCUAUCUGCUCGAGCGUCUUGCCCAGCUGGGCGUCACAUCUAUGUUUGGUGUGCCCGGAGACUUCAACCUGGGCUUCCUGGAUCUUGUAGAAGAUCACAAAACCAUCGAGUGGAUCGGAAACUGUAAUGAACUGAAUGCUGCAUACGCAGCGGACGGUUAUGCACGCGUCAAAGAUCAGAGCAUCGGUGUUGUGUUGACUACAUUCGGUGUAGGAGAACUCAGCGCAAUCAACGGCAUUGCGGGUGCCUUCUCCGAGCAUGUCCCCGUCCUACACAUCGCUGGUGUACCCAACACCGCGCAACUCAAAAACAAGCCGAUGCUCCAUCACACCCUGGGUGACGGCCGCUUCGACGCAUACACGAAGGCUGCCGAGCUGUUCACCGCCUCGCAAGCCACCCUCAUGAACAAGUCCACGGCAGCGGCCGAGAUCGACCGCGUUCUGACUGACUGCAUUGUCCUUGGCCGGCCUGUUUACCUCACACUCCCCACCGAUAUUUGUUACGAAAAAAUCCCCUCGGGGCGCCUGCGCGUCCCCUUGUCGAAGGAGCCUCCCGAAAACGACCCUGAUGUCGAGAACUUCGUACUGGACGAGAUCGUCCGGUUACUGAAAGACGCCGGUCAGGAUGCCAUCAUCCUCACCGAUGCCUGUGCGAUCAGACAUCAUGUGAAGGAAGAACUCAAGGAGCUCCUGGUGAAGACGCAUUACCCUGUGUUCUCGGCUCCUAUGGGGAAGACCACGGUCAAUGAGAGUUACGACCGUUACGGGGGGAUCUACGUAGGGUCUAUCAGCCACCCAGAUGUGAAGGAAAAGGUCGAAAGUGCUAAGCUCGUACUUUCGAUCGGUUCCCUGAAGAGCGACUUCAACACCGGUAACUUCACCUACAGCGUCCCACAGAGCAAGACCAUCGAGCUGCACUCCGACCACACCAUGGUCCUGCACGCCCGCUUCCCCGGGAUCGGCAUGAAGCGCCUCCUGCCAAAACUCACCGCGCGUCUGCAGCCCUUCAAGGAAGAAGCGAAGCAGCAGACCGUGCCGCUGUUCAAGCGCGUCGUGCCGAAAGAGGAGGACAACAUUAUCUCGCAGGCGUGGUGGUGGCCGCGCGUCGGCGGAUUCUUCAAGCCGAAGGACAUUGUCGUCGCGGAAACGGGCACGUCCAGCUUCGGUAUACUCGACGUGCCGCUGCCCGAGGGCGCCGUGUUCGUCAGCCAGAUUUUGUGGGGUAGUAUUGGGUGGACUGUGGGCAGUACACUCGGGGCUGCACUCGCUGGACGGGAGCUGGGGCUUGGGAGGACGAUUCUCUUCGUUGGUGACGGUAGCUUGCAAUUGACGGUGCAGGAAUUGUCGACCAUGAUCAGGACCGGCGUCAAACCGAUCAUCUUCGUCCUCAACAACAGCGGCUACACCAUCGAGCGAUACCUCCACGGCAAGUACAGAAAGUACAAUGACAUCCAGAACUGGAAAUGGACGAGCCUCCUUGAUGUCCUUGGCGGCGAGGGUAUUUCCCUGUCAUACACCGUCAAGACGAAGGAGGAGGCGGAGAAGCUGCUGGACGACCCAGAGUUCGCGAGCGCGAAGAAGAUCCAGUUGGUCGAGGUGAUCAUGCCGCAGCACGACGCUCCGCGGGGCUUGAAGGCUCAGGCUGAGCUGAGCGGGAAGACCAACCAGUAUGUGGCGGAUGCUACGUCGAUCUGA